AUGGCUACUACAACUGGUGUAGCUGGCUUGCCUAUGCCUGGUAGCAAAUGUGCUCCCAGGAAGUUUAAAGGAAGGUACUCCGAAGUCAAGUCCUUCCUUCAACACUACGAACGUAUCUGUACCAAACUUGGAAUCAUCAACGCCAAGGACCUUAUCGACAACGUCACUCAGUACUGCAGCCGCCAAGUCCGUCAGUUCAUCGAGAGCCUACCCUCAUUUGAGGCCAAGGAUCCAAACUGGGAAACUCUCAAGAAAGAUGUUCUCACGUACUUCGAUGCUGAUCGGGAUGACAAGAAGUACAAGGUCCGACACCUGGAAUCCUACGUCCUGGAAGCCCGCAAGAAGUCAACCAUCAAGACCCUAGGAGCAUGGAGGGAAUAUACAAGGAAGUUCCUGACUAUCUCCGGAUGGCUGAAGAAGAAUGGUCGAAUCUCCGUAGAUGAAGAAGCUCUCUACUUCUGGAAAGGAAUCCCGCGUAAAUUCCGCCAGACUCUGGAACCUCGACUCUUAGCAUCUAAGCCCACCUAUGAUCUAUCAAAGCCAUUUAGUAUGACUGAGGUAAAUCAGAAGGCUGAGGCUUUGCUCCAACGCAACCGAUUUGACGCCGACCGACUGCCAUCCGAUGAUGAGGAUGACUCAGACGAAGAGUCAGACUCAGAUGAUAGUAGCUCGGAUUCAUCUGAUGAUUCAAGCAGUGAAUCAGAAGAGGACAUCAAGUCAAAGAAGAGUUCACUCAAGAACAAGAAGCGCAAGCUUACGAAGAAGAAGCACUCGAGCAAGAAGAAUGACACGGAUGAGGAUGAAGAUACGGCUGAUCUUAAGAAAGCACAAGCUGCACGUCGCCGAGCAGCUCAGGAUGAGAAGAAGAAAGCCAAUGAAGUGGAGGAACUCAUCCGACAGAUGAACAAGAUGUCCCUAAGUGACCCUGAGUAUGGUGUUCUGUAUUUCCGUGCAUGCACCAUGAGUCCCUUAGCUGCCUCAGCAAUCCGGCCUCCGGUCUUAGGCUCAUCUACUCAGAGAAGUCCAACAUCCAAUGCGUUCACAAGCCCGCAAUCAAACCCGUCAGCAGCUCCAUCUCCUACGCAACCAAGUGCUAUCCGACCUCCCAUGAAGUGUUACGGCUGUGGAGGAACUGGUCAUGGCAUUGGAACAUGUGCUGAAAUCAACACCCUUAUGGCUAAGGGAGUGAUUGCACGUGAUGCAUCUGGACGACUGGUCAUGAAGGAUGGUUCACGCAUCUUCCGUAACAUGGACGAGACUUUUGUUUCGGCCAUUCAACGGCAGACUGCGCCCACAGCACACUACAUUACCACAGAGCCCAAGGUAUCCUACUAUGCUCAAGCAACGAUUGAAGAGUAUGAGACAGAGGAAGAGCAAGGGAAUGUCCAUGUAGCAGACGAAGAAGACUCAGAGAACACAUUCAGCUUUGCUGGAGCUGAACGUGGCACUACCUCAACUCGGAAUGCUCGUGAACGGGCCACGAAGGGUCCACUCAUACCACCAGUAUCAGUUCAAGAGAAGAUUAACAAGCCACGAGCCACGCAGGAGCCAAAACGUGACAAACCGCCACACCUGGUUUCACCACCCCAGCAGUCUCCCGACGCGACGCGCAGCUCUGCACGCCUGCGAGGAGACAAAGGACCACCUAUCCUGCAACAUCCUGGUGAUCGUGCAACACAGCCAACAGUGCCGACCGAACACAACCGUAGAGAGAUCCCCACCACGCCCAAGCAACCUAUUGAUGUCACUAGCCGCCAGUUUGAUGCAGACGACGACGACGAGAUCAUGGAAGAUGUCUCACCACCGAAGCAAUCAUCCACUCAAUCACGCACUACAGACAAUACAACGAAACGUUCAGAGUCUGCGAAGGCAGAGACACCAAAGCGCACUCCACGCCAGAGUCAAGUACAAGCACAGGUUGAUACUUGGCAUGUUCUGGGGAAAGUUCUCAAUACUCCAGUAACACUACCAGUCGGGGAGAUCUUUGGUAUCUCAAAGGAGAUGUCCAGCCACUUACAAGAGGUGCUUAAGCCAAACGCUCCUCCAAAGAACAUCGUCGCCGCCGCGUUUGGUCCUCGCUCGAAAGGAGCUUUAAUCUAUCUACGAAUGGAGGUAGAUGAACGCCCCGUUACAGCAAUCAUCGACACGGGAUCUCAGCUCAAUAUCGCAAGCAGGAAGCUAUGGAAGACUCACCUAAAUCGACCAAUGGACAUCGCCCGCUCGUGUCAGAUGAACGACACGAACGGGGGAGCCGGAGCGCUGCGAGGACUAGUCGAGAACGUUCCCCUAACUUGCGGGAACGUUCGCACCUUCGCUAACCUCUACAUCGGCGAACACGUUCCGUUCGACUUGCUGCUAGGACGACCUUGGCAGCGAGGAAACUAUGUGAGCAUCGAUGAACGAGUGGACGGCACUUACCUUAUGUUCAAGAACCAAGACCUCGAGGUUCAGCACGAGAUCUUAGUCAUGCCCGAUGGAUAUGACCCGGCUUGGUCAUACGAACCGGCGGUAUGGUACGCCAACGGCGAGGACCCUCCGGACGUACCCUCGAAUGUUGCUGAUCACACAGCCACUGCAAAACCACACUCAGAAGACACAGAGUCAGGAGAAGAUAAGCAUUUAGACUCACCAAGAGACCCCGAUCGACCGGCGGAAGCCGACGGACAGUUUGUAAGCAUACUAACUCGCCCGCUGUACGGUCUUGCACGAUCGGCGAAGUCUGCAAGCGAGACAGGUCAGACGAGCGAAGGAAAGGGUCCAGAAUGUGAGAACCAAAGAGUAAGCCACUUACCAAUGGUCCUCGCAAGCACCACACACGCCGUCACCCGACACACGACACUCACGGCCCCGACGGACACGGCUCACCUGAGCACUGAGAGCAUCAUGCUCUGUGAGAACCAGGAUGUCGAUGUGCCUGGUGAUCGACGCCUCGACUGCGAGAUGGACAGCUCGGAUCCCCGAAUCAAGGCGAGGGAACAAGACACUGUGAGCCAAUCACGAGCAGACGGCAUAAAGGGGGGACUGGACUCACCAGAGAUACCAGUCAACGUCCUUAUGGCUUCCCUUACCGACGAACUGCGGGCUCUAUCCCUGCAAUCCGCCGGUGAGGCGUCGCGACACGUCGAGCAGAGCGGGUCCGGAAUGUUUGAACGGGACCGGCGAGGCGAGCGGACGUGCUCGUGCUCACGUUUACGACACGAACCGACUCCGUGCAAACGCAGCACGCACGCGAUGAAUGACCCAGAAGAGGACGUCAGCAAUCGACCUAGCGAGAGCAAAGACUCACCCUCGAUUUCGGACCCUAUGACGACCACUCCCCUCGACCUAGCCUCUCAGCACAGCCUCGACCCUCCGACUAACCCGGCAGUGCUGCAAAAACGGGGAUAUGACGACGGGACUGGGCUAGCUGGAGAAGGAAUAGGACGACUGAGGAUAGGGGAGGUGAGACAAGACCGGAAGAAAGUAAGAGUCAGACGGACACUUACCGAUAACGCGCGCAUACGAACACGGAAGAGCCAAGCAACCGAGAAGAUAAGAAGACAGCACGACCGCAAGGCCGCGCGUCGAGCAUCAGUGAACGCGACGAAGAGAGGGACGCGCGCGCGCAAGAGGUCGCCACCGAAGGUUGGAGUUACCAACGCAGCGGUAACCAACCAAUGGGGCGCGGACUUAACGGUGCAGACGCGCCCGGGCCUGUACAGCUUCGAUCACGAUCGAGCGCCCGGGGCGGUAGCGCUUGAACCUUGGGCGCGUGCCACGUCAACCGACCUCCCUCCCGCCACCCUCGUUCUUCGUCAUGCAGCCUCGACCUCCCUACCUCACUCUGAAGUCCGGACCCUCGGAUUUACGAACACGGCCGCCAGGAGACACUUAGCAGGAGCUUUACCAAGAAAGCGAGGACUUAGCGCGACAGGAUGGGCUAUAGGUGAGCCCCCUACUACGUAUAUAAGCUCCUCGAAUGGACUUGACGGAAUCCCCGUCCUCGCCCCGUCUGCCCCGCCUGGCUACGACACGCCCCUCAUGUCCGCACCCAUCAACAUCCCACGUCACACGGUAGGCACCGUCUACACUGACGUCUCGCCCUACGAAGAAGUUGUCCGACCGGACCCUACGCUUCCUCGCGGGUAUGUUCACCCGUCCGUGCUCGCUCACCUAAUGCGUGAAGACGAGGUGAGCACCGAUCGCGUCUACCGUCGUGCAUCGUGCGUCCUCGGUAGCCUGCACUGCGUCCAGCGGGGCAGCUUCGAGGACGAACAUGGACGCUGCACGAUCUUCACGUGCCGCGACAGCUCACUCGCCCUCCAGAACCCGGACGAGCUCGGCACAGGCAUCGCACAAGGUGACGCAACCGUCUACUUUCGGCAGGGCGAUCGUCGUCCAUCUGAUCGCUUCCUAACGUCCACCGUCUACGCUCGGGACUCUUCGCCACGCUCUCUGCGCGGGGCUGGCUACACCGACCACCUGGAGCCUCGCCCUCCUCGACCGACUCCCUACUCCCAGCCCAACCUCCCUCCUACGCCGGUCACGCCGCGCAACCACGGACGACGCAACCAUGCGCGUCGUGCGGCGCAGUCAAUGGUUGCGCCGCGCACCACGACUACCAUGCACGCUCCGCACGCGAUCGGUGUCGGAGCACCCCCGUACCACGCCAGCGCCUUCGACCGAUACGCCUACCAGCCGUCAACAUUCCCGACCCCUUAUAGCUCCACCAUCCCGGAACGAACGACAGACCCGCGUAUCGCUCUCGCCGAGCGCCGUGCACGCCAAGAUCAACUGACCGCCCGGCCUCAACAGCCGUGGUCGUCGUAUGUACCUCCACUCCCCUCCCUGACGCGUAUGUACCCCUACCACGACGAUGUGGCAGUACUGCGUGCUGCGGCUGUCGGCAGCGCUGCUGGCUGCGCGGCUGUCACCUCUUCGUCAACCCUGCCGCACACGUCGCCUGGCCCGGCGGCACCGGCCCCGUCGUCUGUGUCCUCUGCCCUUGCUCGAUCAACCUCACCUCGUCUACAGUACCCGCCGAGCCGCGCGGCCAGCCCGUCCACUCCUGCAACAUCGCCUCCCCCUCUGCAAUCACCAUCGCCACUAACUCUACCCUCGGCGCUGCAGCCCAUCAAGGCGAUCAAGGAUGUUUCAAUGGAGGAAGACGGCUUCGAGUUUCUGGACCCGGCCGAGACGAAAGCCAAGGCCAGGGAGCUUGCAAGGGAGGAAGGUGAGCACUCGCCGACCCCUGAAGAACGCGCACGCUGGGCACGCGCCGACGAACUCGACUCGGACACGAUCGUCAUCGACGCCGAGGACCUCCCGAACGCGACGCUUCGGAAGGACCUUCCGCGAACUCCUAGCCAAGGUGUCCGGGAGUACGAGCCACACAACGAGGCGGACUCGUCUUACGAGACGGACGAUGCAACAACGUCCAAGGUACGCCGCUUCCCGGAUAUGGAGAUCUUACUCCAUAAGCUAACGGACGCGACCACCUCUGCAACGCACCCUAUGGAUCGGUACACUAUCGACGUCAUUCGCAUCGCACUUGUCAAGGCCUAUCGUGCGCAGCAGACAGCGAAAAGGACGGGCAAGAAAGCAUCCAAGAAGAACGGCCACUACGCUCGCAAACCGACCGAGGAGUCCUUUCGGACCAACCACCUCCUGCACGAGAAGGAACGCGAGGGCUUCGGUGAGCUCCGAGCCUUCUUCUCGGGUCAACGCACCACUGACCCUCAGCGACAACUCGACGACACCGACACUGUACUCGCCCUCAUCGACGCCGCCCUCGCCUUCGACCCGACUCACGAAUAUGCGCUCAUCCUGCGUUCACUAUGCAUGCGCGGUGACUUCGGUGGCCCAGGCGAGUACCCGGGACACUAA